ACUUUCCCUCCUUUCUCUUUUCUUCUUCUUUCUCACACACACCAAACCAAAAACUCGACACUCAGUUCAUACAAUACAAGCAAACCAAAAAAGAUUAGUGAUACUGCAAAUCUGCAAAAGCCACUCAAAACCCAAUUCACAGUUUGAGUUAUAGGCUGGAGAUAAGCUAGCAUUUUGGUGAUGGAAACUAGAGAAUGCCCAAUUGUCACUAUGAAUAAGACCACUCUUACUCCUAAAGCUAUUAUACAUCAAAAGUUUGGUAACAAAGCUUGCUAUAAGGUAGAGGAAGUGAAGGAGUCCAUUCAAAAUGGAUGUCCAGGCUUGGCAAUCCCACACAAGGGCCCUUCUCUUUAUCGCUGCUGCUUAGAGCUUCCCGAGUUUUCGGUUGUCUCGGACAUCUUUAAGAAGAAGAAGGAUGCUGAGCAAUGUGCUGCUGAAAUGGCUUUGAAAAGGCUAGGCGUCGAUCCUUCAGCUGAUAAUCAUACUGAGAAGGAACCAUGGGAUGCUUUAAUUGAACGUGUGGCAUAUCUAUUCUCAAAUGAGUUUCUUCAGUCUCUUCAUCCAUUGGGUGGCCACCUUAGAGCAGCUUUCCAGAGAGAUGGUGAUCUCUGUGGUUUUGUACCAGCAUCUGUUGUUACUAUAUGUGAUUCCAAAUUAAGUAAUUUAUGUAAAUUACUUAACCGAAAGGCGGAGUCAGAUCCUUUAUUGGCUUUGUCAUUUGUCAUGAGGGCAGCAACAAGAUUGUCUGGGUCUGUUUUUACCUCCAAAGAUCAGCUUUCAAUUCAGAAACAACAUUCAUACUCUCCAGAGAUUGUAGGGUCAAUAGAUAUCACACAAUCUGGUUCCUCAGAUAGCAUAAGAGUUGAAGGUUUACAUAUUCCAGCAUCUUUGAAUAAGAUUAUUCAGCCAGUGAGUCUUACGAUAUCAUCAACUUCAACUGGCUAUUUCCUGGAUGCUAUUGCGCAAAAACUUGGCGUGACAGAUGCUAACAAGGUACUGCUCUCCAGGACUAUUGGUAAAGCUUCUUCCGAGAUGAGAUUAUACUUUACUGCUCCUGAAUCAUUUGCAUUGGAUCUGUCAGCAGAUCUUGGAAAUUUGGAAGGUCUAUAUGAAGGACCUCUUAAUGAAAGGGCUAGCUACUUCUGCUGUCAAGGUAUAUAUGGUGAUGCAAUUAUGGCAUCAAUUGGCUACACGUGGAGAUCUAAAGAUCUUUUCUAUGAAGAUAUAUCGCUGCAAUCAUAUUACAGGAUGCUUAUAAGCAAGGUUCCCAAUGGAAAUUACAAGCUGUCCAGAGAAGCAAUACUAGCUGCAGAUUUGCCCUCAGCAUUUACCACAAAAUCAAAUUGGAGAGGCUCCUUCCCAAGGGAAAUUCUAUGCUCAUUUUGUCGGCAGCAUCGACUGUCUGAACCUGUUUUUUCCUCAUCAAGUCAACCUUUAAAAGUAUCUUGCUUGUCAAGUUCAAAAAAGAAGGCGGAUAUUGCGGAUGCAGAUAGCCAGAAGCAAAAACAUGCAAAUGGUACAGACACUGCUAAUGAUAAGUCAGAGUCACCGGAACCAGGAAGCAUAUUUACAUGUGAAAUAAAAAUAUUUUCAAAGUGUCAGGACUUGAUCAUCGAAUGCCCACCUAAAGAGAUUUAUAAGAAGCAGAAUGAUUCCUUACACAAUGCUUCUCUAAAAAUACUCACAUGGCUGAAUGAGUAUUUUAAGGACCCUGGGAUGCCUGUGGAAAAGCUAAACAACUUGGCUGAUAUCUUUGACAUUCGAUUUUAUCCUGAAAAUUUCUUUAAGGAGUUUUUAUUGUGUCCAUCUAUUCACAAUCUUCAGCAUCAGGGGAAACAAGAAGGCAACUUGCCAGAAGCUAGAAGCGUGAAUGAGCUAUAUGCUUCAUCAGAAAAAGAUGUUUGCUAUUUGAAGAUAGAGGGUUCAGAUUCUGGAGUAUACCCAUCAAAUGGGUCUUUAUUAUGCAUACGUUAUGAUGUAUCUUUGGUAAUAGAAGGCCAGCACAUGAAAGAACUUCUUGAGAGCAAUGAUGAAUUUGAGUUUGAGAUGGGGACUGCGGCUGUAAUUUCUCCUCUUGAGGCUGUUCUUACACAGAUGUCAGUUGGUCAGUCUGCUUUUUUCAGUACCGAGCUGCCCUCUCAUGAGUUUGUUUUAGCGGCAGCUGAUGACCCUGGGAAGAUUAUUUCAUUGCUAACAUCAAAAACUUGCCACUUGGACUAUUCUGCAACCUUGUUGUGUGUUACAGAACCCCCGGAAGAAAGAAUGGAGCAGGCUCUUUUCAGCCCUCCUCUUUCCAAGCAACGGGUAGAAUAUGCCGUGCAACAAAUCAAAAAUUCUUGUGCUACUACUUUGGUUGACUUCGGAUGUGGCUCUGGAAGUUUAUUGGAUUCCUUAUUAGAUUAUUCAACUUCUUUGGAGAAAGUUGUUGGCGUAGAUAUAUCACCGAAGGCCCUCACCCGUGCUGCAAAGAUACUUCAUUCAAAACUAAGCAUGAAGACGGAUUCAGGCAUCAAGUCUGCUGUUAUUUGCGAUGGCUCCAUCUUAGAAUUUGACUCUCGAUUAUGCGGAUUCGACAUAGGCACUUGCUUGGAGGUAAUUGAGCACAUGGAGGAGGACCAGGCCUGUCAGUUUGGCAAUGUUGCGUUAAGUUAUUUUCGUCCAAAGAUUCUUAUAGUUUCUACCCCGAACUACGAAUAUAAUGUGAUUCUCCAAAGAUCUACUCUUACAAACCAAGAAGAAGAUUCAGAUGAGAAAACAGAGUCGCAAUCUUGUAAAUUUCGCAACCAUGAUCACAAAUUUGAGUGGACUAGAGAGCAGUUCAAUAAUUGGGCGACUGAAUUAGCCGGACGAAACAAUUACUGCGUCGAGUUCAGUGGUGUUGGUGGUUCUGCAGAUGUGGAACCGGGGUUUGCUUCUCAGAUUGCCGUCUUUACGAGAGGGAUUCUAUCUCAAGAAGAUCAUACUUCAAACAAUGAGAGACAUGCACAUAGUUGCAAGGUUAUAUGGGAGUGGGACAAUAAUAACAGAACUGAGUCUGCCUUUUGACAAAUAGCUGAACACUCAAGUUUUUUAAUCCCUUUUUUUUGGAGAGGUGGCCAGAGAUUAUUAGUUUAUCACACUGAUGAUUGCACAAAAUUCUGAGAUGAAAAGAAAAAGGAACAAAGGGUCAACGCGCCCCC